AUGAUCGCCCUGCCAGCAACCAUUCUUCUCCUCGCUGCAAGCUCUGGCCUCGUCGCUUCGUCAAUCAUUACAACACCCACCUUGCUGAGAUUCGAGAGAAGAGCGUCUCCCGACAAUACCGUUCUUGUCAAUAGUGCCGAUGAUUACUGUUUAAUCGUCCCAAAAGACCCUAAUACCAACAUAGGAGAUAGCGAACAUCCUGGAGGAAUGACUUCAUAUUGCUCACCGUCAGCGCAUUCCUCUCCCGAUCAAGGCUUGCUGCCCAGCGACUUUUGGAAGAAUGUGCUGUUCAUUUCCGGGACAGGAGCAGGACGAUUUGCCCAAUUGACCGGGUGCAUCGAUCCCUCCAAGCUCGACAGGCUCAACCCCCACGAUUCCGGUGGCCAAUACGAUUCGAGCGGUGGGGCUAGCGGGACUGGCAACCCGGUUGGAAGUGCGUGUGCUGGGUACAAUCACUAUGUCGAGUUGGUUGAACCAGAAGGACAAAGGGCGUGCAUUCGGUGUUGCGAUGAUCCUGCUGAUUGCCCCACCCACAAAGAUACUUCUGGGUGCCCUAGUGUCAUUCCAGGGAAUUAUUUCGAUUGUGCUUGA